AUGGGGAGUGUGCGAAGCCACCGUUACAGCAUUGUGUCCUCUGAGGAAGACGGCAUGAAGCUGGCCACUAUUGCCGUACCGAAUGGCUAUGGAAACGGCAAUGUCAACAAGGUGCACACAGAGCGCCAACAUCAGAGCCGCUUCGUCAGGAAGGAUGGCCACUGCAACGUGCAGUUUAUCAACAUGAGUGAGAAAGGCCAGCGGUACCUGGCUGAUAUCUUCACCACCUGCGUGGACAUCCGCUGGCGCUGGAUGUUGCUCGUAUUCUGCCUUUCUUUCCUGCUGUCGUGGUUGUUUUUUGGCUUUAUCUUCUGGAUAGUGGCCCUCUCUUACGGGGACUUAAACAAUGAGACUCAGAUGUGUGUUUCCAAUGUGGACAGCUUCACCGCUGCCUUCUUGUUCUCAGUGGAGACCCAAACCACUAUUGGCUAUGGUUAUCGCUAUGUGACAGAGGAGUGCCCCAUUGCUGUCUUUAUGGUCGUCUUCCAAAGCAUUGUGGGCUGCAUCAUCGAUGCUUUCAUCAUCGGUGCAGUCAUGGCCAAGAUGGCCAAGCCCAAAAAGAGGAAUGAGACCCUAGUGUUCAGCCAUUAUGCGACAGUGGCCAUGAGGGACGGUAAACUUUGCCUGAUGUGGCGUGUGGGGAACCUGAGGAAGAGUCACCUGGUGGAGGCCCACGUAAGGGCCCAGCUACUCAAGUCCCGCACCACCGCCGAGGGAGAGUUCAUCCCUCUGGAUCAGGUAGACAUUGACGUAGGCUUCGACAGUGGCAUUGACAGAAUCUUCCUGGUGUCUCCAAUCACCAUUGUGCAUGAGAUUGAUGAGGACAGCCCGUUCUAUGAGAUGAGCAAACAGGAGUUGGAGACGACAGAGUUUGAGAUUGUAGUGAUCCUGGAGGGCAUGGUCGAGGCUACAGCCAUGACGACUCAGUGUCGGAGCUCCUACAUUUCCAGCGAGAUCCUCUGGGGCUACCGCUUCGAGCCAGUACUCUUUGAAGAAAAGAACUACUACAAAGUGGACUACUCUCACUUUGAAAACACGUAUGAGGUGCCCAGCACACCCUACUGUAGUGCCAGGGAACUAGCCGAAAAGAAAUCCAGCGCCUCCAGCUCGAGGAAGAACUCCUUCUGCUACGAGAAUGAGGUGGCUCUCGAAAAAGUCGAGAUGGAGGAGGAGUUCGAGGAGGAGGAAAACAGGGAGAUGAGGGCUGUUGAGGUUGGUGCACUGGAGGACACAAACACAGAGGUGGUGUCAGACUCUGAAUGCAAUCUGGACUCUUUGCCUUUAGAAUCAAGGCCUUUGACAGCAGAAUCUGAAAUAUGA